AUGUCGGAACCCCCGGAUAUCGUCUCCAAUCCAGUCGAAGGCCAGGCCGGGUCCAGCAUGUUUCAAGAAAAUUGGAGUUUCCUGGAAGACGUGAAAAAGCGCUUCGAGGGAUCCGAGCCGGAUGUCUACGCGGCUUUCAUCAAGGUUCUCAGCGGCUUCUACACGACGACCGCGCAAGGAACCGAAGACACCGACGGGAGUCUGGCGAGCCUGCACGAGACCGUUAAGGCGCUGCUUCAUGGCCACCAGGACCUGGUGGAAAGGUUUGAGAGCAGCCUUCCCCAAGACUAUCUCGAUCGUCAGCGGGACGUGCCGGACCACCAAAGCUAG